UGCCACAUACGCUUGUCACCAGACUAGCUCGUGACAUCACUUGCGUUUACGUGUAAAUUGAGCAAGUAUAUACCCAAUUUCCGUAAGACGCAACCAUGGACGGCACCACGGAGGUCAAGCGAAGCGUGUUCUCCCAGAUCGACCUGAGCAACAAGCUGAUCAUCAAGGCGCAAAUCGGCGACGACAUCCGACGCAUCCCGAUCCACAAUGAGGAUAUUACCUACGAUGAGCUGGUUCUCAUGAUGCAGCGAGUGUUCCGCGGGAAACUUAAGAACACCGAUGAGGUCACCAUCAAAUACAAAGACGAAGAUGGAGAUUUGAUCACAAUUUUUGACAGCACGGAUCUUUCCUUUGCCAUCCAGUGCAGUCGGAUUUUAAAACUCACAUUAUUUGUCAACGGCCUACCCCAACCCCUGCAGAGUGACCAGGUCAAGCACAUACGGAAGCAGCUGGCAGACAUCCGGGACCAGGUCCUCUACCUGAUGGACACGCUGGAGCCCCCGGCGGCCGAGCCUCAGGAAGUCGAAGGUAACCGCCAAACUGGCCCCACAAAACGAGAGGUAGUUGUAAGCAGUACGGAGAAGUCGCCAAGAGUUCCGCAAGCAGAUUCAUCGGUACCAGCAGUAAGGGUCGACACAGCCAAGACAGCCAUGUUUGAUCCCUACAAGAAACCCGAGCGAUCAGACUCCGGUAACUCCGGGGUCAUGCAGAGCUUUGGGCUCGACAAGGAAGUUCCAGAGGAAAGACCAAGCUCUCCGACCGGCAGCAAUACCAGCCUGGGUUCAGCUCAUGGCCAACAGCAACAGAUGACCCCCAGCCAUCAACCUUAUGGUCAGAACACCCAGGGGCAACCCCAGACACAACCCCCAGCACAACCCCAGGCACAGCAACCCGGCCAGCAACCGACCAGCAUGCCACAGCAGUCUCAGUACCCUAGUGCUCCACAAGGCGGCCAGUCGGGCUACCCCUCGGGUCAAGGUGGUUAUUCCAUGCCCCAGCAGCAGCAGCCUGCUUCAACACAGGCUCCAGGCUACAGCGGCCAGCAGCCGUCAGCACCGUACAGCCAAGGAUACCCAUCCCAGCCCUACGCCUCGACUUCACAACCCCAGUCAUUCCCCGGACAACAACAGCAGCAACAGCAACCAUCUCAAUACACCCAGCAACAGCAGCAACAGCAACCCGCAUACAACCCCCAGCAGCAGCAGCAGGGGUAUCCCCCCUCUGCAGGGGGUGUUCCCCCCGCCGCAGGGGCUGGUCCCCCGGGCGGACAAGCCAACCCCUACGCCAGGAAUUUACAAUACGGUCGGCCGGUCGGCUACCCACAACCCGGCUACAAGUGAUCUUAGUUUUUUUUAAUUCAUGCAUGGGAGUUAAUCUUGGUGAUGUAAUUGUUGUACAUGUCAAUUGUAAUAGACCGAUUCGUUAAGCCCCGCCUACUCAGUAGGCCCCGCCUUCAUCAUUAAUAUGUAGUAGCUAUGCUAAUACACAACAAACCCAUUCAUGUAACCAGUUUUACAGUGCAUACCCUGUCUUGACUCGGCCAUGCAUAACGUGCCUUUUGGCUUUCAAUAUUUUAUAUCUUGUCCCCAAAAUUGAAAUUCUAAGCACCUUAAAUUUAUGAUUGACUUUUUUUAUUAUUAAAUAUUUAGACCCAAUGAUCGGAAAGUUAAAUUAAGUCCACUUAAUAAAUAUUCGUAAGGAAAAUAAAACGUCUUUAUGUUGUAAAAUAAUGUUUGAUAUACAUGUAUCUAUAAUAUGGAUGGCAUGCAGAUGAAAUAUGUUUUUCCUUUCACUUCUCCCGCAAAUGGCCUCUAAAAAAUAUGGAUGUGGAAGAUUCUGCGUAUUUUAGCCAACUUUUGAUCUGUAAAAGCAACCAAUCAGUAGCUAGUAUUUUUUUUAUAGUCUGGUACCAGAUUUGAUGUUAUUGCACCAACUAACAAAAUGGUUUGUGCUCACUAAUCAGGGAG